ACGGGAAGAAGACGGCGCUUACUCGCUAAUUUGAAUAUUUUUUAGAAAUUAGAGUAAAUAAGUGUGAUAUUUAUAAAUAUUUUUUACACCACAUUUGAAAUAAUAAGAAUACCAAUCGAUAAUGCCGAACGAAUCAUCUGGGCAGGAGGUUCAACAGAGUCCUCUUGCAUUGCUGGCACAGACAUGCAGCAAGAUCGGUAACGAAGAUGGGUCGGGCCAGGGUGGGGUUCGCGUGGUGACAGGGACGGGGCAGGGAGACGUAGCCCCAGGAUGGGUCCAGCUGCCCGUACAGACUUCACAGGGGCAGCCCAUACCGCAAGGUGCCAUUGCACUGGCGGGUGGUCAGGUUCUUCAGCCCCAGGGUGGACUACAGAUUGUGGCUCAGGCCGGCCCCAAUGGUCAGAUCACAUACAAUGCAGUGCCCCAGUUUCAAAUGGUCAGUCUUGACGGAAGUCAACAACAGAUCCAGACACAGGAUGGAGGAGUUAGUGCCCAGCAGUUAGCUGGUGCCCAGUCCCAGGGCCUACAAACCAUCCCAAUAAUGACGCCCGGGGGUCAGAUCAUCCGCGCCCAGAUCCCGUCCACGCUCUCCACAGGCAUGUUUGGUGGGGUCGGAGGUGUUGGGGGCAUGAUGAAUCUAGGGGGCGGGGUCAUAAAUCUGGGUGGAGUCCAGGGUCUCAAUACUGUGAGGCAAGGCGGGGUACUUCAACAAUUGCAAUUGCAGGGCAAUACUCUACAGCCUAUGCAGCAGAUGCCCAACAUUGUACAGAUCCCUGUCUCUGCGAACGGACAGACAACCUACAUGCCUGUUCAGGUACAGCCCUUCCAGGCACUUCAAGAGAUGACCCAGAUGACUGCCAACGGGGCCAAUACAGGGAUGGUAGCGGGGUCAGCGCAACCAACUGUGUCUAUGUCACAACUCCUGGACCAAGUCAAUCAGAUUGUGUACUCAAAUUCAACACCAAAAGCAUCCACUAUUAAUAGUAAUGCAAACGUAAAAACACAAGUGAACAAUCAAAAGCCUCCUGCGCUGAUGUUUGCAUCAGCGAAUUCAACAACUACCAAUACAACGUCACAAGUGCAGACUAUGUCGAUGCAGGGACAGACAAUUGCGGCCGCAGCAGCAGCUGCAAAUAUUAUUCCUCAGAUGCAGCUAAUUCAGCUAGGAAACGGUAGUUUUGUACAAGCUGCGGUUUACCCCUCCCAACAAGCGAACAUUCCCCAGCAGAACUCGGGUAUGAUUACAAUAAACGCUCUCUCCCAAGCAGGAACAUCAACAGUAUCCUCACCAACGGCAUCAUCUGCACUGUCAUCACCCCAACAGUUUAACAUGGCGACAUUAACACCAAGCGGACAAGUAUUGCAGGGUUUUGGAGGACAAAGCUUCCAGGUAAUCCAACAAGGGCCCAAUGGUCAGAUUGUGGCCACCCCAAACCAAGUUAUGAACAUGGGAAAUCUCAAGUCUGGUCAAUUUCCAAUCCAGAUACAGGGAAUGCAGGGCCUCCAAGGGCUCAGCAAUUUUCAGACCCUCCCAGGGCUACAGGCAAUGAACGGUCAACAGUUUCAGGGCCAGAUACCACAGAUCUUGGGGACACAAGCGCUUUCAGGGGUCCAGGGGCUCCAAGCCAUGACCAUAAAUGCUCAGGGGAACCUUACGCCAAUUCCAAUGGGAAAUUCUCAGCAGACUCUCCAGGGAAUUACCAUGAGCACCCAAUCCAACAUACAACCCGUUACCAUGGGACCAAACGGCAUUAUUACAGCUAGCGGUCAAACCUUACAGCAGGACCCAAAUGACCCAACCAAAUGGCAGGUAGUGACCACACCCUCACCAGGUACCCUCAACCUUCCUUCACUAUCAAGCCCGGGGGCGGAAAUAGGUGAUCCAAACACUCCCGGGAAACGCUUACGGCGUGUUGCCUGCUCGUGUCCUAAUUGUACAAGCACUGACGGCAACAAGAGCGGUGACAGUAAGAGGAAAGUGCAUGUGUGUCACAUGGAGGGCUGUGGGAAAGAAUACGGGAAAACAUCACACCUGCGAGCACAUUUAAGAUGGCACACAGGUGAACGACCGUUUGUGUGUAACUGGUUGUUUUGCGGGAAAAGAUUCACACGGUCAGAUGAACUACAGCGACACAGACGAACACAUACAGGCGAGAAGCGGUUUGAAUGCGAAGAAUGUGGCAAGAAGUUCAUGAGAUCUGACCAUCUGUCAAAACACAAGAAAACCCAUGGAAAGAAACCAGGCGUUGAGAUGGAGGAGGGUGAGGGAUUUAUGGAGGGUGAACAUGACCUCAUGGGGGUCAAGGAGGGGGAGGAAGACGAGGAGGAUGAGGUUGGGGAGGAGGGGCAGUUGAUGGAAAUUAGUAUCGAAGGGAUUGGGGAGCCGGGUCAGACUCUCACUGUGAUAAAGGCAGACUACAACGAGAUGUCUGAUGAAGAUAAAUAA